AUGGGUGCUAUUCCCGUCGCCAGCAGAAUACAAAGCGUGCAGAGUGCCGCCGCCAACGCACGGAGAGAACAUCGACGGAUCCAACCCGACGCCUCUGACGGCAAGGACGGAGAUGUCGUUGUGGCGGCUUAUGACCAACUGCAUCCGGAGACUCUGAGUGCUCUGAAUGUAGCGGAGCAAGAACACUUCGGUGCAGCGAAGGUGCCUGCUGAGAGCUACCGGAUGGCCGCGCCCAGCGUUGCUGAGCUUGAUGCUGCCUUCGAUAAGACCAACAUGGCGCUCGCUGCUUGA